GACGCCGACGGCUUGUGCUUGAGUAGAGGGUGCUGUGGCGCUGGCGCACGCACGCGACUCACGCAAAAUGCGCGCACGCAGCUUGAAAGCUCUCUGCGCAGCGAACUCGCCAAGCUUGCGGAUACACUCGCUAACCGGGCGAAAAAGUUUGAUGAGUUCUUCCGAAAGCUACUGGCUCUAUCAAGAGAGGAAUUCCACGGAAUGUUCAAACGAACUUACGGGAUGAUCUACGAGCAGCACUCUUACGUCUUUGAACAGCUUUUCGAACAGUUGGAGAGGUAUUACACGCGUGGAGAUACGGACUUCGACGCAAUGAUGGACGGCUUCUUCGGUAUUCUCUAUCAGAAGAUGUUCACCGUCCUCAACUCGCAGUAUAAUUUUGAUGAGAAGUAUCUGAAAUGCGUGAACGAACAUAUGCGCGAUAUCCAGCCGUUCGAGGACGUACCCAACAAGCUGUCAGUGCAGCUGAGAAGAGCCUUCGUUGCCACACGCACCUUUCAUAAAGCUUUAAGAUCUGGCGCUGAUGUCGUGAAAAAUAUGAUGCAGGUGGGAGUAACCCAGGAGUGUGUAACAGCAUGGGCUAGACUGCGGUAUUGCGGUACUUGUUCAGGUUAUGCCCCACCAGCAUGCAGUCGAUAUUGUCACAAUGUCAUCAGAGGAUGUCUCCCAACACACGCGGACUUGGGAGAACAAUGGGACGCUUAUGUUGAUGCCGUAGAAAAAGUAGCUGACAGACUGUUAGGACCGUUCAACAUAGCUAUGGUAGUCGAGCCCAUUGACAUCAAAAUCUCCGAAGCCAUCAUGAGCUUCCAAGAACACAACCAAGAAAUUUCCCAGAAAAUCUUCGCUGGUUGCGGCAAACCCGUGCUUGGAGGCGGCGGCGGUGCUGGACCCUUUUUCUCACCGGACAGGGCCCGCAGAUCUGUAAAAGCUAUACCUGAUUUCGACUGGAAAGAAAAAGCGAACGAGGACGACUUUGAAAUUGAAGCUUCAUUCGAGAGUUUAUUAAACGAUGACCCGUUGCUGUUGAAAAUGCGGACGCCUGAAGGUAUACGAAAGGCGACAGAAGAAAUGUCGGAACAUGCUAAGAGGAGAGAAAUCUUCUUGCAAUACAUGCGAGGUGCAAUUGACCUAAAUGAGUUGGAACAACACAUAAGGCCCAAGAGGGAUGCCGACCCUGAGCCAGCAGGCGGUUCUGAUAUAGACUUCAGAGCUUAUGAGUUUGAUGGCAAAAGAGGGGGAGCAAAGAAGAAAAAACCCGUUGUGAAGAAUGAUGAUGGACGCGGCGCAGAAUGGGGCGGUCCAGCUCUGGAGCGUCUGGUCCGCGAAACGCGGUCAAGGCUGCGAAGCUCGAGACGCUACUGGAGUCAACUGCCCGCGUCGCUCUGCACCUCGAGCAGCGUGACCACCUCGCCCUGCUUCAACGGCACGGAUGUGGCUCCGUACGCGCCCGGGCCGGCGGGCGAGGGCAGCGCGGCGCUGGCGUCCAACCCCGAGGUGCGCACGUCGGGCGCCGUGGGCAGCGGCGCGGCGCGCGCGCAGCAGGACGCGCUGCGCACGCUCACGGCGCGGCUCAAGGACGCCUUCAACGGCGUCGAGGUGCAGUGGAAGGAUGCAGAUGACCUUCAACCGGCGUCUUCUAAUCUGGAUUUCAUCGGCGUUGAUGGUUCAGGCUCUGGGUCUGGCGACGACACUGAUGACGAUGACCUGCCUGAUGACGACGAGGACAGGGUUUUAUAUCCAGAAGGCUCAGGCGACAUCUCACCAGAUGUUGAUCAACCAAUCGAACCAGAAGUUGAGAAUCAGACACCAGCACCCGACCCGGCCUUUAUUCCUGGCGUUGUCGAUUCGCCUAACUUGAACAACGUCCGAAUCACAGGCAGACGAGGUGAAGAGCCCAAUGAACCAGUCGACAUUGACACUCCUGUUGCUACAAACCCUAACAACAAUGGAGGUCAAACGACGCCGGAUAGAGUGCAGCCUGUGGCAGGCUCAGCGAACCAACUGUCGCUACAGAAAGCAUUGUUCACGUACGCUCUGCCGGUUGUAUGCGCGUGGUUCGGCACGAUAGUCACUGAUCUAUUUUAAGUAGACAAUUUUGGCUUUUGGUAACGUCUCAUUUCUCCAACUGGUGAGAAUUUUAUACCGUUUUACAAACUAUAGCUCUUUCAGUUUAUUUAAACUAAGAUUUUUGAGAUACAUGUGACUAAAACUAAAAACCUGAAAAUGAUUUUAAGUUAAUUGAAUGUCCCGAUGUUCUACUACCAUGAUAUUCAAUUAUUUUUGUGACAUCACUCCACUAGUUUGUUAUAAUUAUUAAUAACAAAGAUCGAACACUUAGAAAAAUGAUUAUAACAAACCGAGAAAAUAAUGUCUAAAGAAAUGAAAUUAAAAAAUAUCUACUUUUUCGUGCGGUAAAUGUGUUAUCUUAUCCACCUAUGAAAAAAUCAAAAUAGUAUACAUAACACUUUUCCUGGGAAAAACUCACAUCCGCCCUUUCAAUUAACUGCGACAGUAUACAUCAGUCAAAUCAAUAGAAAGUUAUGAACAAUGAAAAUGGGACGUUUCUCAAGCCAACAUUUUGGAAGUAGAUAGCCUAGUCAGAGAGCGACGGCCGUGGUAGGUGAGUUAUAGCGUGAACAAGCUACUGUGAUAUAAAAUGUGUGGACUACGAAGAUAGAACAAUAGUCUGUGGACUUCUAACAAAUUAAUACACAGUGAAUUGUGUAGAGAAUUAAUUAUUUGAUUAAUUUGCAUAAUUCGCAACUUUUUGAGUUAUACGCUUUUGUCAUCGCAUCAAGAGUGAACGACAAUAAUUGCGAACUUCUUUUUUUUCUCGGCAAUGGAUUUAAGUUAUUAGGCCGCAAUAUUUUUUUUAAUUAAAAGGGAUAUAAUUUAGAAGAAUCAGCCAAAUUUUUGUAUUUAUUUAAUUAAUGAUCUUAUGUUGUAAAUAUAAAUUUGUAAAUUAUAUCUAGAUAGUGAAUGUUUGUUCAGCAAAUACACGAAUGUUGGUAUAACGAUGACGUAGUAGGGGCAAUUUGAUUUGUUUUACUAUGUUUCGUUCGAAAACAAUCCGAUUGUAAAAUUAUUUUUGUGUAAAUAUUAUUUGUUAUUUUAAAACGUGAAUUCGUGAUACGUUUAGCAAUUGUUAAAAUGUAAAUAAAACUUAGCGUAAUUUGAAACGUAAUUUAAGAGACUGAUUUGCUUUCGAUUAAUUUUUUUUUAUAAUUUGAACUAAUUUUUAACCGACUGAUAUAACAAUUAGUUCUUUUUUAAACUUUAUUUACGUGUAUUUUCGUCGAUGUUGGCUUCAGCUUUAUUUUGCUAGUGAUUUUCAUCAUUUAACUUGCACUGUAUGAUUACACUGCAUUGCAAAUUAAGUGACCAAACAUUAGAAAUAAUUUAAGAUGCACCAUUGCAUACUACUUUUAAAUUGAAACUAUAA